AUGUCCGCUUCUUCAUCGCAACAAGAGCAGUGUUUUACGCCAACCUCAACCCUGACCAGUCAAGGGUCGACGAGCAACUACGAUGGUCAAACACCAACACCAGGAUCUCCUCAGAUUAAUACGCCCCAUUAUGGUCAAAACACUUCUAACGGCGGGGGUGGAGUUUACGGUACAAUUGUCGAGGACAACACGUAUACUGAUCGCACACUCCAAAAACCUUCACGAGCUGUCUCAACAGGCUCUACUUCAGUUCGUCAUGCAAUGAAAGCGGUUGGUCAAAGAAACGACGAUUCUGCCAAUUUCAGCCUCACCUCGUCGAAUGGUAGUUCUGAGGUCAACAAAUCCAGUAAUGAUUUUGCAACUAGCAUUGUAUGA